UUAUAGAUCGGACAGCAGUUCUAUUUUCAUAGUGUUUUACCUAGAAUAACUCGGUAUUUAGCCGUGAACAAAACGCGAAUGUUAUGAUCUGAGACUAGUGUCCACUCUACUGUAAUAGUUGCAUUUAGUACUACGAAUAAAACAAGACUUGACUGGAACGAAAUUAGUACUGCGUAUGUAACAAACUUGACUGUAACCAGUAAGAAAUACUUUAAGGAAAAAGGAAGGCCGUAGCUGUAUUGUGUAGCUUGGAUCGCAUGGAGUUAAGAAAAUGAUUAAUGUUUAGGCUAUCGUAUUGCUUGGGAGGUACCAAUGUACAACACCUGAAAUAAAUACAAAGAACACAACCUGAACGACACUAAGAGGCAGCUCGCGAUGAGUGACGUCGGUAUCGCGCUGUUGGUGAUUGCACUGAUCGUGAUCGCGGUGGUCGUGAUUGCCGUGCUGAUCCGGUACUUCGGAAUCUAUCGAAUUACUUCCUGCUUCGCCAGCAGCGAAGAGAAGGCGGUGCUGACGAAAAACGAGCAAUAUAAUGGAUACAUGGUGGGCGAUGAGUCCCAAGACUUCCAGGCGGACCAGGGGGCGGGCAAGUUCGUCCAGUACGACACCCUGCAGACCGACCCACGCUACGUAGACAUCGAGAGCCACUCGCCGCCCCGAGAAGAAAGCGCGCGCAGCAGUCCCGUAUCCAUGGGAACGGGAUCUAUGGCCUCGGACGCCGAGUUUAGUCAUGGUAUACGCAGGGCCGAGUCAUGUGACAGUGUGGCCUCCGACUCCUCCGUGCUGGACAUGCAGCCGGAUAUGCCAAAACACGGACAGCUGGAGUUCGCACUGGAAUACGACAGAGAGGUUACGGAGCUGGUAAUAAGCGUUAUUCAGGCACGUGACCUUACAGCCAACCAAUACACGGGCACCUUAGAUACCUACAUCCGGGCAGUUAUCAUACCAUCGGAAACAGAAUGCAAAUUCCAAACAAAGGUUCAGAAAAACACUACCGAUCCAGUCUUCAAAGAGCGAUUUCUGUUCAACUUCUCUCCAGAGGUCUUGGACCAAAAGAUAGUCCAGUUUCAACUGUUUGCAAUCGACAAAUAUCAACGGCAUAAGGUGAUUGGUGAAACAGAACUUCGGGUAGGGGACGUGGAUUUGCGACAACCAAUCAAAAUGUGGCUUAACCUCAGAGAUAUCGAUGACAAGCCCACGGAGUUCGGUGACAUGAUGUUCUCCCUUAGUUAUCUCCCAACGGCUGAGCGACUCACCAUCGUUAUUGUCAAGGCCCGCAACUUGCGCUGGACCAGUGGCAAAGACACAGGCGACCCAUUCGUGAAGGUGUACCUGCUCCAAAACGGCAAGAAAGUGAACAAGAAGAAGACCACGGUGAAGCGAGGCGAGCAAAACCCGAUCUUUAACGAGGCGAUGAUCUUCUCUGUGCCCGCAUCAGCCCUCCCGACUGUUCAGCUCCGCAUCACGGUGGCAGAGCUACUUCCGGACAACAAGACGCCAUCUUUGGGUCACGUGAUCGUCGGUGCUAACACUUCCGGUACGGAGUUGUCCCAUUGGAACCAGAUGAUGACGUCACUACGGAAACCCGUGGCAAUGUGGCAUUAUUUAAGAAAAUAGUAUACACAAUUAGUUCAUAAAAAUUGUUUAUGUAACAACACAUUACUUGCACAUAAUAUAUUUCAUUUUCAAAACAACCUGAACCAAACAAAGAUUCAGGACACUAGGUAGGUGUUUACAAGAACCAGCACACUAUUGUCUUUGUCAAUGUCCACACAGAGUUGUCGUUCCAUGCUCUCACAUACAAUCUCUGCCAACACAAGAAAAUCCUACCAGAUUUGGUAGGAUUUUUGUUUGUUUAAGUAUUGUAUUAAGAAACGGAGGCUCAUUUUCUUUUAUAUUUUGAAAAUAGUGUAUAAGCUUAUAAAUGAUCAUAAUAAUAAAUAAAUUACCUCAAUCGAAACAAGUAAAAAUAACAUCGGAAAAGUAUUGUACCACGCGGCUCGGCUAUCAUCACGUGGUUGGUUAUGAAGGCAGGGAUUUGAUCCAGUUAUGCUUUUUUCCAGUCAAACAGAACAGAACAGAACUUUAUUUCGACUUGUACAUAGUGCAUCGUCUGUCUUAGCCAUGUUAUAUUAAACAUUUCAAAAGGUCACGUGAAAAAGAAAGUGGGUGUACAAUAAUAAUUAGUGUACAUAACGUAUUACAAAAUACAUGACAGUGGUUGGAAACAAUCGCAAUGUUAAUACAUAUUGUGACAGGUGGCAAUCGAUUAUCAUGCUGUUUAUAUUUAUGUAAAAUAAACCAAAUUGAGAGUGGAUUAUCUUACGCAUAUCAUGUGGAUGAAUUUGCUAAUAAUAUUGAUAGACAGUGCACAUUUUUGUAAAUGUCUACAACAAAAAUUACACAAAUUAAACUAUGGCAACAUAUUAAACAAUCAGGCACGUAUAUUUCACAUCUGUUUACGAGUAGAUAUUAAUUAUUUCUUUAGUCGUCUAGAGAAAUGUGAAAGAUGAAUAAUAAAGAAGAGACGAUACGGAUCAUUAUACUAAUAAAAAACACAUAAUAUAUAUGCAUUAAAUGCGGAAAAACAAUCACGCAUGUCUAUUUCACCUCAUGUUGUUGCAGGUACUGGUACUGCAUUAUGAGGAUUAAAUACAUACAACAAACAAGCUCUGCGCGGAGGUUGCGUCUUUGUAUUGCGUUCCAAUAUUUCCAUACAGCCAUUUCAUACCUUUCACACUCCUCAUUUAGAAUAUGGCGUACAUGUUAGCAAUAUGUGAAUUAUUAUUAUGAGUUUUUCUAUUUUUAAAUCGUUCUGGGGAUGUAUCCAUGUAUUGAUAUUGCGUCACUCGUUCAAAUGUCAAUAAUACGAAUAGCAAGCUAACCAACCAUUUCUUCCGUACAUAUUUUGAACUUCAAAGGGUCUCUUAAUAAGCCGCGUUCUGGGAUAAAAUGGGCCAAGAGCAUAUGCGUUGAGUGUAAUCCCAGAUUAGCCUGUUCAGUACACAUAUGAUAAUCAGUGACGGAUACGCCUGUGCAGUACGUAUAGGCUAAUCAGGGACUACAUUCGCCGCUUUUAUUUUAUUUUUCGUUUAAAGGAAGUCUAUUCUAAACAAAAAUCCAGUCUAGACGGAAAUUGUCGUCUCUGAUUAGCCUGUGCAAACUACACAGGCUAAUCUGGGAUGACAUUUUACGUACAUUAAUAAAAGACAGAUGAUUCAAGAACGAGACUUGAUUUGACAUUCCGGAGACUAAGAAUCUUGUUUCGCGAUCAUGCUAGUAGGAGGCAAGACAUAUGAAAGCAUAUCUGGUUUCGCGAUCAUGCUAGUAGGAGGCAAGACAUAUUAAAGCAUUAUAGAUGAUUUUUUUAAAUUGCGGUAAUCAUUAUGAUGUUAUAUGAACCGGUAUUGAACUUUCUACAAAAUAUAAAAUUUCGACAGUUGUUUGUGUUCUUUAUAUUUCUUUACAAUAUCAAACUCUUACGACAGCAUUCUGUAUUUCAAAUGAAUUAUCCGAAAUAUUAUUGCACAUGUAUGCAAUUUACGACAGGUUUCGUUCAAAGGCAAUCGUCCAAAAGUGUUGGUUUUUGGUCUCAAAUAAAUGUUUUCCAUACGAAAAGCUAAGAAAUGACAAAUGCGUUUAUAAGACUAUUUAAUUUAGUAAUUAUUUUACCAUACAAUUUAACAAUUACUAAAUUUACUUUAUCGGGAUGCCAAGUUUAUUUUGAACAAAAGGCGACUCAUCCUAUUUCAUUUCGGCAAGUGUGCAAAGCGCUUAAAUUAUUUUAGAUGGUAACGGUAAUUUUUUUUUUAUAUAUUCAACACCAACUUUGAUAUUUAGGUGUUUUCAAAGUUUAUCAAAAAAAUAAUUGUUAUAUGAUUUGUUAUGUUAUAUUGCACGGGUAUAAUGCAGUAUUUCUGCCGACGUGGUAAACAUCUGCUGCAUUGUUAAGAUAUCACUUUGAAAGUGCGCGAAAAUAUGAUGACAUUGUACACCAAUUCCACUGCUUUAAAGGUAGAAAAGCAUGCUUGCACAUUGACAUAGUAUUAUGGGAUAACUGAAAUUCAAGCGUGAUAUUAUCCCCAUAAAGCUUCAAUUGUUUUAAAAUGUCAUUAUAUUUACGUCACGCACGACAAAACUGAAAACACAAAUCUUAAAGGGAUCUUUUCACUUUUUGGUAAAUUUACAAAAUUGAAAAAAGUUGUUUCAGAUUCGCAAAUUUUCGUUUUAGUUAUGAUAUUUGAGAGGAAACAGUAUUACUGAACAUUUAACAUGGUCUAAUAUAGCCAUUAUAUGCAUCUUUUGACGAUUUUAAAACCUUAAAAUUAUAAAGCGUUGCAACGCGAAACGAUUGAAUAAUUUGGAGAGUUCUGUUGUUGUCGUUAAAUUUUGUGACACUACGAAGAUUGCUUUUAUAAGGUAUAAAAUACGUCAUCAAUGUAUACUCGGCAAAAUAGCCGAGAGGGUAAAAGCGUUUUUACUUCAGGGCCUCGGCAGGACUCCAGGGGUCACUGGUUCGAAACCUGCUAAAGGCAAAAUUUUUUCCUUUUUUUAAUUUUAUUCUUAAUUUUUUACUGCAGCUUUUACGAUCAAAUGUUUACAUUUAUCAAUAGAAAGCAUUUAAUGAAUAACUUCAGAACAUGCCAAAAUCUGUGAAAAGGCCCCUUUAAGUUGUUCAAAUAAUUUGUUUAUAAUGAAUAACACUAACAUUAGUGAAUAUAAAUCGGGUUUACGUGUCAUAAAAUGGAACUCGAUUCGAAAAUCAGCUUUAUAUGUGUAUCAUAGUAUGUAAUUAAAUGUUCAUACCGACGGUUUUUAAUUAGCAAAUACGAUACUAUACCUCUAGAUAGCAUUUUGUCAAUACCCAUCAUUAUUCAUGAAUAUAACUCAUGUUAAAAGCUUUGAAUAUUUGAAUGUUUCACAGUUCUUAUGUCAUUUUUUUGUUUUAUUGUUCUAUGCCAUCUUCGAUUCUUUGAGGUUUGUUAAUGAACCAUUCGUUUUUUUGACGUAUUUUAUGGUUUUGGUCACGCUUGUUUUAUUAUUUUCUAUUGUUGUCUCUUGUUCGGUUCUUAUUCAUUUGCCAAAGUUCAGAAACUGCUGUUUUGCUUGUUUUUUUGAUAAUGUGACCUUAAACCCGUUGCCAUACCAUUAUAUAAUACUAAAAUCAUUUCGGCAUUCGGUUUUAUGCUUAAAAAGACUUUCGCUCAGUUUGAUAAAAUAAGAUGCAUGGUUUUUCGUAAAGACAUCGUACUAUGUCUUUGCUAAUAUUUGAAAAAGACAAUAAUCUUCUAAUUACAAUUUUACAUUUAAACUGAAUCAAUCAAACCAAGGAUAGUAUUGAUUUUCUUAGUGUCGGGUAUUCUUGUUUCACGUUUAAGUUUUCCACGUUGUGUUUUUAUUGUGAUUUGUUUUACUUACAUAUAUAUUUUAUUCAAUAAAGU